UCCCUCACUUGGUCAUCCAAAAAAUAGCAGAGAGAGACAGAGAAUAGUAGUAGUAGCUUCCUCACCGCUCAAACUAAAGGCCGGUUCUCAAUUCUCAUCAGAUUGUGAAGCAGUUAACGAUGAUGAUGACGACGAUGACGGCGGCAGUUGGAUCCCGAGGAAUAGUUAGUGAAGCACUCACAAAAGACAACUACGAGAACUGGAGUGUUCUGAUGAGGAACUAUCUCAUGGGAAGAGGUCUAUGGGACGUUGUGGAAAGUAAUUCUCAUCCUACGGCGGCUGCUGAAAAAGCAUCAGCAUCAAGAAAAUGGAAGAGGCAGAAUGCAAAUGCGUUGCACAUCAUUCAACUCUCAUGCACUUCAGAUACCUUUGCUCAGAUUAGACGCUUUCAAACCGCCAAAGAAGCCUGGAACCACUUGAGCGCGUCUUUUGGCUCCAACUUACAAGCCGACAUAGAUAUUGAACAAGGUGGUGUAAUGGGCGGUGUUCCUAGACAUUGCAAGUUGUUCAGGAGUGUGGAAGAGAAUGAUUGGAAUGCAGUAAAAUCAAUCCUGAACAUGGACGACAUGGCUAUAUACUCCACUACGUCCCAUUCUGGCAGGACAGUGCUCCACGUGGCGGCAAUUGCUGGGCACCAAGACAUGGUAAGGCAAUUGGUAGCUGAAGGCAGAGAAAGAUUACUUACAAGGCAAGACAACCGCGGUUACACGGCUUUCGCUCUUGUUGCUGAUCUUAUCGGCAACAGAAGCAUAGCAAAGUGUAUGGUUGAAGACACUAGUGUUGGUGGUCGCGCACAAGUGCUGCUUAAGAUGAAGACCAAAGACGGCGAGAUACCUGUUCUUCUUGCUGCCGCUAUGGGCCACAAGAAAAUGACUCGCUACCUCUAUUCUAAAACACCCGAGAAUAUGUUGCUCAAGGAUAAUGCCUGCAAUGCCGUUUUGCUCCUUUCACGAUGCAUCAGCGCUGAAAUAUUUGAUGUUGCUUUGAAAUUACUACUACAACAUGGGGAUGUGCUACCCCUUACUCAUGAAUCAGAGUGUCUCCGGCCCUUAAAGGCAUUGGUUCACAUGCCUUCUGCAUUCCCCAGUGGCACUAGGUUUGGGAUUCUACAUUGGAUCUGUUACGAUUUUUUAAAAGUAGACGUUGAGAUCGUAUCAAGUGUUCCUCUGGAUAAAGGACCAUCUAUGAGAACUUUUGCAGAUAUGGCAAGGAAGAAUGCUCAGGAAUCUUACCAAAGAGUUCAGGAGGCUAAGGCAAGAUCUCGGGCUAGGACUGGUGGUACCAGGGUGAUCAUCUCUCCUCCUCCUCCUCCUUCUCCUCCUCCUCCUCCUCAGACUAUGGGAACUCCCUCCCAACCCAUUGUAAUUUCUUCAGCUUUGUCUCGGCCGCUCCCCUCUGCCCGACUUCCUUCUGAGCCAGAGAAAAAGAAGCGCAAGACUUUAGAGUCUGGCUCUUCUUUUGAUGGUGGGGUUAAGGCAGAUGCUCUUGCAUUCGUCCGAAAGAACAUUUAUCCUCAUAUAAGUAUGGAUGAUGUCUCUGUUCGGAACCACCUUACCACUCUGGCUGAGGAGAGUUUUAGGGCGGCGGGUGUUUGUGGCAAGCUCUUGGAUAUUUUUGAGAAGACUCCUCUCAACUCUUUGGGGUUAACCUCGAAGGUUGAGGAGCUGGAGGGAAGGCUUAUUUCUUAUCAAGAGCAUGAGAGGGAGUUGAAGGAGGAGGUCGCCAAGCUGAGGGCGGAGAGGGAUAGCCUUCGAGAGAAGGAGAGUAAGCUGCAAGCCCAAUGCAAUAUGGAGGCGGGUUUGAGGAAAGCAGCACAGGAGAGUUAUCAGAGCUUAUUUCAAGAUCUUGUGUCUGUGAAGAAGGAUUUGCUGAACUCUCGAAAUGCGUAUGCCGAGUUGGAGGACUCUAUCGCUGAUGGUGCCGAAGAGGCUUGGAGGAUUUUCAAGGAGCAGGUCGGAGUUAUUGCUCCUGACUUGGAUCUUUCUCCUUUAGAUCCAGACAAAGUCGUCAUUGAUGGUGCUAUUGUGGAUCCUCCUGCCCCCGUAAUCGUUUCCGAGUCAGAAUUGAAGACUCGAGGGCAGAGGAUUAUUGAGUCCCCUCCUCGUUUCAAGGACGCUUCGAGUUCUUUUGUUGUUCCUCCGACUUCCUUUUCAUCUCCCGUGGUUGCCUCUCUCCCCGAUCCUGGUGGUGCUCUUCCUGACUCUGGUGGUGGUGAUCCGUCUACUCCUCUGCAGAAAUAACUUUUUUAUGGCUAUAU